AUGGCUGAACUCAGGUGGUAUAUCUGGAAACCGGGUGGUAAAUCCAACUUUUACCACCCCGGAUUUACCACCCGCGGUGGAGAUGCUCUAAUGACGCACCUUUUAAUGGUGUCCAAAGAAGAAAGAACAACCACAAAAAAGGUAAAAAAUAAGCCUUUAGAUAAAUGGCAAGAAUGGAGAAGGAAGUUUUGGCCUAGGGGCCUGGUAAAGGAUCAUCAAGUCAAGAAAUUUGGUGAGAUUUUCCAUGAGUUUGUAGAGGGAAGUGUUUCUUAUGGGUUCUGGAAGAGACCUAAACUUGUGGUGUUCACUACUUACACAUCCAUCGGUCAGGAUGAGAUCAUGUGUUUUGCAAACAAGGCUGGAGUGAAGCAGUGCUGA